AUGCCCACCAAGAAUGUCACUGAGCAGCGGAUCGCCAAGUUCAAAAACAAGGGGAAAGAUCCGACAAAACUUCGAGAGAAAAGGAUCUCGGAGUGCGUGGAGCUGCGCAAAGCCCACAAGGAUGAAAGCUUCUUGAAGAGGCGACAUCUGACGCUGUCGUCUCUCCCGGACGAGGAGGCCCUCUCUCCCGACGAGAUGGUGGCCCCUUUAUCCAUUGAGAAUAUAAUUAAAGACGUUAACAGCGACCAGAAGGAGUCCCAAACCAGAGGCUGUCAGGCAGCCAGGAAGCUCCUUUCUCAGGAGCGUAACCCUCCUCUGAAGGAGAUCAUAGAUGCGGGUCUGUUGUCCCGCUUUGUGACCUUCCUGUGUAUGGAUGAUGAGCCAACUCUGCAGUUUGAAGCAGCUUGGGCUCUCACAAACAUCGCCUCUGGAACAUCUUGGCAUACUCAGCAGGUGGUGGAACAUGGGGCUGUUCCUGCUUUCAUCUCCUUGCUGUCCUCCCCGAUGUUGCACAUCAGUGAACAGGCGGUCUGGGCUCUUGGAAACAUUGCAGGUGACGGUCCAGCUUAUCGGGACGUCCUGAUUGAGUGCAAUGUUAUCCCAGCCUUACUGGCCCGCAUCUCCCCAGACACACCAGUUGGAUACCUGCGUAACCUAACAUGGACGUUGUCCAACUUGUGUCGAAAUAAGAACCCGUGUCCACCGUUGUCUGCAGUCCUGCAGAUGCUUCCCUCUCUGAUCCAGCUGCUCCAUCUCUCUGAUAAGGACAUCCUGUCCGAUGCAUGCUGGGCUAUCUCCUACCUCUCAGACGGUGACAAUGACCGCAUUGAUGUUGUAGUGAGAACUGGCAUUGUCUCUCGGCUGGUGGAGCUCCUGAGCCAUGAGGAGCUCAGCGUCAUGACUCCGGCUCUCCGCUCCAUCGGAAACAUUGUGAGCGGCUCAGACCUGCAGACGCAGGCAGCGGUUGAUGCCGGAGUUCUGAACGUCCUGCCACAACUGAUGAGGCAUUCAAAGGCCAGUGUGCAAAAGGAGGCAGCAUGGGCAUUGUCCAACAUUGCUGCAGGACCCUGUAAGCAAAUCCAACAGGUCAUCACCUGUGGCCUGCUCCCUCCCCUGGUAGAACAGCUCAGAAAUGGAGACUUUAAGACUCAAAGGGAGGCGGUGUGGGCAGUGACAAACUUCACCAGUGGGGGCACUGUGGAGCAGGUGGUCCAUCUGGUGCAGAGUGGUGCUCUAGAGGCAGUAAUCAACCUGCUGCAGGUCAAAGAUGCUAAAGUCAUUCUGGUCAUACUGGAGGCUAUCAACAACAUCUUCAUGGCUGCAGAGAAAAUGGGUGAGACAGAGAAACUGAGCCUGUUGGUUGAAGAGCUGGGCGGACUGGACCGCAUUGAGAUGCUGCAGAACCAUGACAAUGAUAUGGUGUACCAGGCAGCACAUAACCUCAUUGAGAAGUACUUUAGCGACGGUGAGAUGGAGGGAGUAAAGGUCGACGCUACAGAGGAUGCAUUUGUGUUUAAGAGCUCUGAUGUUCAGAGAACGUUUGAAUUUUAA